CGGCGAUCAUGUAGCUAAACAUCGUCAUUAGCCAUGGUUAGCUGUUUUAUCAGGAGCAGCGCAGUGUUCUGAGGGUGACAAUGAUUUCAGUCAGCUAUAUUCUGCUGUGCGGACAGUUUCUGCUGCUACUGACCGUCAUACUGUUACAAUGUCUGGAAGGAAUCCACUCCCAGAACUCGUCAACAGCAGAGACUCCUGCUUCCUCUCCGGGUCAGGGAGCUACCGUCCUCCCCUUCAGCGAACAGCCGGAGGUUGUCAAAUAUGAAAUACCGAUGGACAGUUCAAAUUAUACGGAGCUCUACGAGUACAGACCUCCGUCCCCAGUGGUCCUCUGCAGCUUUCUACCGGAGGAGUUCAUCUACUGUCAGGACCCUGUGGAUCAUGCAGGCAACUACACUGCUUUUCAGGAGAUGGGCCACGGUUGCGUUGGGUGGGGUGGCCAGACUGAAAAAGAGGUGAACCACACACGGGUUAUCUGCACAGCACUUGAUGAUAUAGAAUGUGCUGGACCGAGAGAGUUCCUCACGGGAAGGGUACCCUGCAUCAAAUACACUGGACACUACUUCAUAACCACACUGCUGUACUCCUUCUUCCUGGGUUGUUUCGGGGUUGAUCGUUUUUGCUUGGGCCACACCGGCACCGCAGUGGGGAAGCUGCUCACCCUUGGAGGCCUGGGAAUCUGGUGGUUUGUGGACCUGAUCCUGCUCAUUACUGGUGGCCUGAUGCCCAGCGAUUACAGCAACUGGUGCACCUACUACUGAGACCGACAGCAACACGUGACUGAAGACUUCGACCACCUCUCUGUCUGAUGUGUAUCUGCUUAUUAUGGAGAACUCCAGGGAUGCGCCCUGCAGUGGUUAUGAGUCCGCAGGCUGGCUUGCGGAGUUGAGUGGAGUCCGGGGACCUCCUGAGGGCUCUUACAGAUUUCCCAGACGCUCCUGUGGGCUCCUACAGGUUUCCCAAGGGCUCGAGAGAAAAAAUGAGGGAUGAUUUGCUGACUUUAAUUUAAUUCAUUUGAAUUCCCCACUUUUUCGGGAUGCAUAAGGAUAACUAUUAGACUCACAGCUUUCACCAGAGCAACAGUGAUGACGGUUCUUCUUCUUUCCAAUAAAUUGUCACUUUUUGAUUUGAGUUUGAUUCGUUUGAUCUGAAUGCUAAAAGAAAAAAAACAAACAAACAUUAUUGUCUUUUAGUGCUGCUCUGUUUGUUGUUUAUGUUGCAUUAUUUAUACAUUAUUACAAAACAAACCAAGAGUUAUACACGAAAGUCAUAUGACUGACAGGUAGCUCAUUGAUUGGAUUGUUGUGGUCAGUGCCAUCCUGCAUCAUUACACCACAAGGACUAACGUUGUGAUGGGAAUGUGAUGGUUGCUGUACAGUUGCUAUGUUUCUCCCAAUUUCUAAUCAAGAAUACUUGGAGUGGGACACGAGCACAACACAUCUCUGCACUGUGGAAAAUAACUGUAGUUAUGUGGCAACAUGCAUGUUUUACUGAGGUUACCAAAUGACUUGCAUAUAUUGCUUCCUUGGCAAUUGAUGAUGAGUAGAUGGAUUUACUAACUUCUAUGUGCAACUUUCCAACUUGCAACUUGCAGCAUUCUGCAGGUCUGCCAAUAAUGUCAUGGUGCCAGAUCCCAAAGUUUCCUUCAGAAAGAGCUCUGAAGGAAACCUGUGUGAUGUGGUUGAGUCUAGGCUUCGGCAAGUCGGGGCUGAUUUGCUGCUAAGGACAAAACUGCAUGUUCAGGAGGUGGCUUUUAAUGUUUUGGUUUAUCAGUGUAGAAGCUUCAUUUAAGUAAUUCUGAAAAAGUAAUUAAAAUGUGUUUUUAUAAAAUAUAAAACUUCAUUUAAAUAGCAUCUUUUAAAAUAGUAAUGAACAAAAUAAACUGAAAUUCAAGGUAAAAUCACUGAGCAGCAUAAAUAAAUAAAAUCUAACCAACAAAGGAAUAGAAUAAGGAGUAAGAGUGAGAUUAUAAUAAUAAUAAUAUGAAAUAAGAUAAAGGCUGAGAAGUAACAAUAUAAAGCUAAACAAUUGCUUAGGUGGAAAUAUUAAACUUUAAUUAGCAGCUUUCUUAAAAAGGUAAGUGCUUUAAAUGAAGGCACUGCAGUAUGCAAGAUCAUUAGGUAACCACGGUAACAAGCAUGCAUAAUUUCGAAGGUGAAAGCGGUUAAGACAGAGCAUUGGUGUUCUGUUUCCUAAUCCUUUGAAUUUUGUAUGAAGUGAAUAAAGUAAACAUCACAAGUGAGAGUAAUUAUACAUCCUUUAUCACAAGAUAUGUUGUUUUUGGUCACGUUAUAGGCUUCUUAUGAUGUCACAUGAUGUAAAAAGUGCAGCUGCAGUCGAUACUGGUAAUGCUUAAAAGUUAUUUAAUUCUCUGUGAGAGCUCUUCAUACAUACAAAAACAAUGUUCAGUAAUGUGCUGCAGGAUGAAAGAUAACGGUCGUCAAAAUUAUAAUUAAUUGUGAAAGGCCUUGGGAUAAAAAUGUAUUGUUUGGCCUCUAUUGACCCCUACGAUACAUUUACAUACAGUUUGACUUUUUUUUUUUACCCCAGGCAACCAGAAACCAACAAGUUCUCUUCAGCUGAAAAGAUUAAAGCUAUUUUUUAAAGCAAAAACCCAAUAUCUCAAUGUUAUUUGUGCUUUAAAGAACAACUAAAGCUUCUAUUAACAGAAAUGAAAGGGAUUACACCUGUGUCUUCUGGGUGCCCUCGGCCUACCUGGCCAGGUGAGUGUUCCAGCUCUGCUCAAUGACGAGUUUCGUGUCGGUUCGUAUGGCUUCACGCUCACUGCUCUUGGCUGGUUUGUCAAAGCCUGUAUGAAUGCAUACCAGAUCAGGACUAACACCAAUCGGUCUCUUUCUUUAUGUUUGUUUUUCUUCUUUUCGUGGAAUUGAUGUGGAAUCAUAUGGCUAGUGCGUGGUUUCCACAUUCACAUGUUCUCAAGGGUCCCUGUGAAGGUAUUUUCACCAUCCUCCCAUGUUCAUGAAAGGCCAACAUGAAGCUCAGGUCUGAGACUGUACAGAUGGCCUGCAAAGACUACACAUGUGCCAGCGAGGUAUACUCGACACUUGUCUCAUGCUCUGAUUGUAUUUCAUAGUGAUUGCACUGUGUUCCACCUGUUCUUGUCAAGCAUUGCACUCACUGAUUUCUCAUUUUGACUUUUUCUCAUUGUCCCACCAAACACGGUAACCGAAGCAGCCCUUCGUGCUGAGUGUGCAUGUGUGGAACUUGUGUAUGCAAAGUCUGUUUUGUUUUGGAACACGUGCGCCUGCUGCUGUCUUUGGGCGCAGACAUUGAAGGGGAAACCAUGAACUGGCCUUCACAACAUGUUCCUGAAGUGCAAAUGUAAGCAUGUUAUCAAGGCCCCAUCUCCUGGAAAGAUUGCAGAUGUGAUGAAUGCCUGAUGUAAAAUGGUAGAAAUUGCACUUCAGUCUUGAUGUACAUUUGAAUCAACAUUUUCUGUAACUCAUUUCACAUACAGUUCAGCACUGCUCGCAUUUGUGAUUUAGCUGACCAAGAAUACAUUCCACUUAAAACACUGAGCAGUGAUUUCAGAAAUAUUCUAGUUUCUUGAGAGGAAGCUAUACAUAUAUAUAGUUUAGUACACACAUAUAUAUACAUGAGUUGUUACCAGUUCUCCAAACAGCCCAGUGGUGACCCUUCAUUUACCUCUUCUCCUUGUACUUUCUUCACUUUCCAGCUGUACUUAGACUGAUUAACACUGCAGCCCCCAGCAGGCAGGAGCACGGGGCUGAAGAUGGAUAGGGGUCACAUUUGUCACAUUGACGAGGUGAUGAUUUAGUGGUUUUCUGUAUUGACUCGAGAAAUGUUUUAAGACGGUGCAAGCAGCACAUUCCUUUACUUUAUAAAAAAAAAAACCUACACCUCUGCAUGCUGUGUAGGAGCAGUCACCUUCUUUGCAUUCAGCUGCGGAGCUCGAUCCGUUCAAAUGUCUCAAGCUAAAACUAAUUUUGAUCUUCAUUGAGUUUCUGCAGCGAAGCUCAGGUCUCACAUUAAAUAUUCAAAUCUUCAUCUUCCACUUUGUCACAUUUCUCGUCUUUUCCUGAACUUAGGGUUUAUGUGCUUUUUCAUUGAUAGAGCAGGUUUCUUUACCUAAGGAUCCAUAAAACCCCUUUUUAACUCCCAUCAUAAAAAGUUGAAGAAGACACGAUCAUCGACGGCUCCUCUCAUCCAGCAGCAGCAGCAGUGUGCUUUCAGCAGGCGGUAUAUUUUCAGCUGACUAAACAUCUUCUGUAGAGUGAAGCAUUAAAACACUAUUUACAUAUUGCAGUUUUCUACUUAAUUCACAAUAUGGCAAUUUAUGUGCUCUUACAACCCUGUUUAAAGACGUGAACACAGUUUUUCCAUGUACCAGAUCUUUCCUUUAAUCUGAUUCUUAAAUCCAAAUCCACCAAAGCAGAUUUGCCCACAUUAAUAUAAAGACAUACUGUGCUCAUGUCUAUUUAAAAUCUUCAAUGUUCUGGAGCCUCUUGGCCUUUUUAGAUACUGUAUAUAAUAUUGAUCCACUCAGUGAAAUCUUCACCUUUGAGUUAAGUUUUGAUCCACUGCACUUUUAUCUAUUUGCUUUAUCUGUUUCAUUGUAAUAUUAGGGAACAUUCUUCUCUGACUAAUUUUGAUUUGUUAAAGCUUUUUUCAUGAGCUCAACCAGCAUGCGUCUCCUGAAAUCAAAGUAAAACAACCUUUCUGUGCUCUGCAGCUUUUUGAUUAAUGUUACACAUGUGCUGAUGAUGAUAGUAAGGAGGAAUUCUAAGUGUCUCAUUUUGCCUAUCACUAUUCAUAGUCCUUCUGACUCAAUAAAGAGAAUCUGGUA